AGCCAUCCAACAUCAAUAGCAUCAUUGCACGAUGCGAAACUAUUUUAACAGCGAUUUUGAUUUAAUAAAAAACAAUUCCAACGUGAACAAUGAGAAAAUAAAAAUAAAUUUCGACAUUUUACAUUGAUAGCAAAAUUGUUAUCACACAUUUGAUAACAAAACAAAUUGAAAGUGAAUUUUACUCAAGUUUUGUUUUUAUUCUGGCAGAAAGUGGAAAAUCGAUAUUGAAUGUUUACAAAGUAAAGCGUAAAUAAAACGACUUUCGAUAAAGUGAUUGAUUGACAAUUUUAGCUAUGUGACGACAAUUCAAUGUAAAAAUUUGUAUAAAUUCCAAUUUAGUCAUCGUGACAAAUUAUUCGCCCGCAAUUGGUUAGUUUAGUGUGUACGGAAUUGAGCUGUGGCCGAUGCAAUAAGACAUUCAAUCAUUGAAGCGAAUUGGCCCAACACGAAAUCAUUCUGUGCGGCAUGAUCCGGAACCAAGAGGAAGCCUAUGCCAAUAGUCCACCAAGUCAAUCGGGUAGGGAAGAUGAACGAAAGGUCCGUUUUCGAACUGCCAUCUCAGAAGAACAGCAAAGCAUUCUGAAAGAGUACUACGCAAGGAAUCCACAACCAGGACGAGAGGAAUUCCGUACAAUUGCACAGAUUCUCUCACUGGACUUACGCGUUGUUCAAGUUUGGUUCCAAAAUAAUCGCUCACGCGAACGCAAACUCAACAAUAUGGGAUUCAAUCACAGUGCCGUUGAAAACAUGAGCGAUCAACCUCUGGAUUUAUCAGUGAAAAAGGAUGAUUCGAUAUCAACACCCUCGAAUUCACCACGCUAUGGAACGGCCCCAAUGCCAUCCGAAGAAGUGAUCAAUCUGAGUCACUAUCAAGGUCGUUAAUUUCGGGAUACUCAACAUGAUGUGGGUGUGAAUAUUUAAUCGUUGGCAUAACUAUUCGGACAAAUGUUUCUUUCUGAAAUCACAUAUUCUCACAAGGACCAGCCAUAAAAAAGGCAUAUGAUUAAAAGAUGUUGAAUUCAAUAAUGAGGGCACCCAAUUCCUUUCCGUUGCUUAUGAUAGAUACAUUAAACUCUAGGAUACCGAAAAUUAUUUGCUGAGUGAGAAGCGGUGAAAUUGUAUGAUCGGUUUUUGGAUGCGGUUAGCUCGAUCACAUUUGUGGAUGAGAAUCGGCACUUUGAAACAACAUCCGAUGACAAGAGUAUGCGAAUUUGAGAAUGGAAUAUUCCGGUUGAUGCAAAACCAUCCACCGGAUAAGAGUUUCCAAAAAAACAAUAAAAAUAUUGCGCAUUGGGACAAAUUCUCGAAGAAAAACAAAAUAAAAAAUGUAAUCGAAUCAAUUCAAAUAAAUGUUCAUUAAGAAAUUGACAAAAUAAAGAAAAA